CUGGAAUGGAUUGUUGUUGAAGGAUGUGAGAAAAUGGAGGAGAUAAUAGGUGGAGCAAGAUCGGAUGAAGAAGGGGACACGGGUGAAAGCAGCAUCAGAAACACCGAGUUCAAACUCCCAAAGUUGACAGAACUGCGCUUGACAAAUUUACCAGAACUAAAAAGCAUUUGUAGUGCAAAACUGAUUUGCGAUUCUCUCCGAGUAAUUGAAGUAAGGAAUUGCAGUAUCAUGGAAAUCUUGGUUCCAUCUUCCUGGAUUCGCCCCGUAAACCUGGAAAGGAUUGCUGUUGAAGGAUGUGAGAAAAUGGAGGAGAUAAUAGGUGGAGCAAGAUCGGAUGAAGAAGGGGAUAUGGGUGAAGAAAGCAGCAUCAGAAACACCGAAGUCAAACUCCCAAAGUUGAGAUGGCUGGAAUUGAAAGAUUUACCAGAACUAAAAAGCAUUUGUAGUGCAAAACUGAUUUGCUAUUCUCUCCGAGUAAUUGAAGUAAGGAAUUGCAGUAUCAGAGAAAUCUUGGUUCCAUCUUCCUGGAUUCGCCCCGUAAACCUGGAAAGGAUUGUUGUUGAAGGAUGUGAGAAAAUGGAGGAGAUAAUAGGUGGAGCAAGAUCGGAUGAAGAAGGGGAUAUGGGUGAAGAAAGCAGCAUCAGAAACACCGAAUUCAAACUCCCGAAGUUGACAGAACUGCGCUUGAAAGAUUUACCAGAACUAAAAAGCAUUUGUAGUGCAAAACUGAUUUGCGAUUCUCUCCGAGUAAUUGAAGUAAGGAAAUGCAGUGUCAUGAAAAUCUUGGUUCCAUUUUCUUGGAUUCGCCUUGUAAACCUAGAAGAGAUUGUUGUUGAAGGAUGUGAGAAAAUGGAGGAGAUAAUAGGUGGAGCAAGAACGGAUGAAGAAGGGGAUAUGGGUGAAGAAAGCAGCAUCAGAAACACCGAAUUCAAACUCCCGAAGUUGAUAGAACUGGGCUUGAAAGAUUUACCAGAACUAAAAAGCAUUUGUAGUGCAAAACUGAUUUGCGAUUCUCUCCGAGUAAUUGAUGUAAGUAAUUGUGAGAAGCUGAAGAGGAUGGGAAUUUGUCUUCCAUCUCCUCCCCCUUCUGAUAUAAUCAUGUAUAUAGAAUCAGAAGAAUGGUGGGAGUCAGUAGUGGAGUGGGAGCAUCCUAACACCAAGGAUGUCCUUCGUCCUUUCGUAGUGUUUGGAUGAGACCGGGCGGCUUUGCGGGUUCUGAGCAGGCGUGGAUGAGUGCAGGGUUGCUCACGUCAAAAUGGAAUAAUAAUUUAAAAUAGCAAUAAUAAUAGAAUAUCUGAUUUGUUGGAUUGAGUUUAAUAUUUUUGUAAAAGAUAUUGUACAAGCUGUUAAUUUUCCCAUUACUUCACUCAUGUUGGAUCUCGUGUAAGUUCAAAAUGUUCAGAUUAAUUUUGUUAUUUUUAUUUUUGACUA